AUGAGACAUUUAUUUGAUCACCGUAAAGAACACAAGACGCUUAAACUUGCAAAGAAACUUCAAGAAGAAGCCGAUAGAGAAUGGGAACAAGAAACUGCCAAAAGAAGAGAGCAAGAACUCAACGAUGAAGCUAUUGCAAAAGCACUACAAGCACAAUUAGAACAAGAACAACAGUCUCCCAUACACAAUGUACCUCCUCCUUUACCGACAAAACCAAGAGCUUAUGCUUCUCCUCCUCAAGGCAUGGCACCUUAUCAUUCCUCUACACAGCCUGCUUUGCCACCAAGACAGCCUUAUAGACCAGAAUUACAGAUCAGUUCACCUAGUCCUGUAUUUCAUACACCUCUCAUUGCUUUGAAUUCACAGACCUAUCCAACGAGUCCGCCUCCUAUUACCAUGCCUGUGCCUACUUUUAAACAAGAAACACCUAUCCUUCAUCAUCCUGAACCCAUCAUGCUUCCACUACAAUCCCCACCUCCUUUAGACACACCCUCUAUAACACAGCCGCCCCUUCCUUUAAACACAACCUCUAUAACACAUCCAGCCGUUCCUUAUUCAACAAAUAAUCCAUAUCGUGUCCCUAUCAAACCCAAAUUUUCUGAUUCUGUAUUGUCAUUCAAACCCAAUGAAGAAGACCAUCCAGUACCUAAAAGACCGCCUACACCACUUGGAUCAGCUACAAUUGAAUUAAGUCAAUUUUCUGAUGACAAUGAUGAGGAACAAGAAGAAGAAGAAGAAGAAGAUACAGCUGUAGAUCCCUUUGCAGAUAUAUACGAUAUUCAUAUCCCUCAAGACCCUCUUGCGACUACAGCCAUUUUAAAAAGAAAAGAAUCAAAAGAGGCUAUUGAACAAACCAUACGUACAUAUCAAGAAAAAGAAAGCCUUGAAUCUGAUUCAGUCAGAGUAUAUCCAACUAAAAUACUAAAAGCAGGCGCACCUCCCAUCUUGUCUUUUACAAAAUAA